UAAACUUAGUUUUAACUCUCGGGGAAUUAGUCGACCCCAGCCAUGUCAGUGUCUAUACUGGCAUGGUUCACCGCAGCCUCCUCGUGGCGAGAGUUGGACAGUGAUCGAUUGACACUGACUAAUGCGGUGCGACCCCCCCACACCCUGCUGUAGUGUCGUGGCUUGGGGUAUUGCACGGGGGUAAACGAUGCCGGGCAUGUAAGGGGCAAACACCCGCAUGUCUGAUAUACCGCUAUGUGGAAUCUGCUGUCUGUGGUCAUGUCUCGCUGGUAGAGAACACAUAUCGGGGGAUUUGGCUUAACCGCCUGAACCAAGUGUAUGAAAGACACAAUAAAGACUUUCCUCAAGACAAGGUGGAACAGCAUAUGCCGAAGUCUGCAUGGCUAUUGGGAAGAUAUAGUCAUGAAUAUGCGAACUCUGGAUACCAGGCGACCUCCUGUUUAAUUAGCCUUCCAGGGGCAUGCGGGGCUCUGCCUCUGGUGACUGAAAUUCCCUAGCUACUCGUGGGACCUAAUAUGGACCAGAUAAAUGAAACAGAAGGACCCGGCACUAGCCUUAAUGUGCCAACCAGUGGGGAAGAACAAAGCCCCAUUCAGCCUGGGGAACAGGACGCAAGUCCAGGUCCCACAACUGAGAAAAUGCUGCUGAGGAGUGGCGAUGAAGAGGACAGGAAGGGCCUCGAAAAUUUGGCGGUCAAGAGACCCAGACUUUCUGGGGCUGCCAGAAAGAGGAUGAAGUUCCUCAUAAGAGAGGGGAUGGCGCCUGAUGAAGCCAGAAAAGAAUCCUCCAAACCAAUUGGUCCUAGGCCAGCAACAGGCCAGGUGACCAAGAGAAACAGGUCGGAGGACAGCGCACCUAAAGGCGAAGAGCCUAAGCGUGAAAAGCAUGAGACUUCGAAAGUCUCACAGUCCUCAGGAGCUUCCACCUCAGGAGCUUCCAAGGCUCCUGCACAAAUUAUGCCCACCAAUAGCCAGGUUGCUGCUGGUCUGAAGGUGAGCAUAAUGGAUAAGAAGUAUCCAGAGGUGAUCCUAAAAAUGGACCAACUAAAGGCCAUCAAGAAAGCAAUUGUGAAGGAAAUUAUGGCGCUGGAUAAAGAGGACUCUAUAAAGCCUAACUUUCAGAAAUCUCAUAUGAGGCGAGGCUGGCUAAGUCUGACAUGCUCCGAUGAAGACACGUUUGAGUGGCUCAAGAGCAUUCAACCAAAACUGAAACCCUGGGAGGGAGCUGAUCUGAGGAUCACCGAAGAGGAAGAACUGCCUCAUUCGGAGAUCCUAGUCGGCUAUCUCCCAGAAAGCCAGGAUCUCUCCAGCGAGAAAAUUCUCACGCUAGUUGAGAACCAAAAUGAAGGACUUAAAACCUCCAGCUGGAGGGUCAUUCGAAGGCGACCGUCAGGACCCAUGCUCAAAGUCGUCAUCUCGGCUGACAGAAUGUCGGUCGAGAGACUUCGAGCACUAAACUGGCGAAUUAAUUACGCAUUCGGCCAAACAGGUCUUCGCCUUAAGGGCUCUGAGACAACGGCGGAGAGGAAAGAGGCACACUAGGCCUCAACCUCUGGGACCGUAUUCUCGACAAGUGAUCUUUCAAAACGUAUACGUUCAUUCAGUGUAAUUAGCACUAAAAGAUCACUUGUCGAGAAUACGGUCCCAGGUCCGGUGUCGGAAAAGCCCAAGGUGGAAGGGAUGGGGGAGGUGGAGAAGACUCCGGGCAUUGAAAAGGCCGGGGUCUCAAAGCCGACCACCAGCUCUGGGAGGAGGGCUGUUCCGCAAAGGCGUGGGAGGGGGGCUAAAAAUUUGUGGAACCCUCCAAAAAGCCUAGCGGUCAUCCAGCCUCAUAAUGUCAAAUGUCUGACAUGCCUUUAGAUAAACCUCCAGCACUUGAAGGCAGCCUCUAGUGCCUUAUGCUGGAGAACGUCUAGAAGGCAUAUUUACAUAGGGUUGAUACAAGAGCCCUGGAUUGAUGGAGGCCAAGUUAGAGGCCUACCAAACAAAUGAUAUCAGAUGGUAUAAUGCGAUAGAGUUCCUGACGAGAUAUCAUGCUGCGGCGCUGGUUGAGGUGCGAACUGGGAACAGCAAGAGGCAGCUGGUUAUUGCCUCAGGAUAUUUUCCAGGAGACGCAAUCAGCCCACCACCGGAGGAAGUACAAGGCCUCAUCGAAUGGUGCCAAGGAAAAUAAACAACUGAUUCUGGGCUGCGAUGCUAACGCACACCACACACUACGGGGUAGCACAGACACAAAUCAUAGAGGUCCGGCCUAGGAAAAAUUGAUAAAUAAGAUUCAACCCAAAAACAACACCCUGUUUGUCAACAUUUCUUGAAUCUGAUAGUAUCACAAAAAGUAAGACUACAAGAAAGACCCUGUAUCUCGAAAACAAAGCGUUUGCAGGCCCAUGUUAAUAGGACUCUUAUUAUUAAAAUUAUCCAAGGAAUUUCUCAGUUUCCUUCGUACCUCUAAUUUAGGAACACCCUGUAUAAGAUUACAGACGUGUAAGCUUCUGUAUAUGUCCGCCCGAUGCUUGAGUUUGUCGGCCCAGCUUGGUGGCCUUCACUGAAGGGUAAUAUGGAUGCAUUGGAGGCUAUUCAACGCACUUGUACUCGGCUCCCAUAUGGUCUCAACUGCAAACAGAAUAUUUGAGAGCUGGAACCAAUUGCCAUCUGACGUAGUGACUGCACCAUCAGUUAAUAUCUUUAAGAAUCGCUAUCAUAUAUUGUAUUGAGUUUAUAGGUUUAUUACCUCAACUCUUAUUGUAUCUAAUCAUAAUAAUCUCCUGUUUAUAAGGCAAUAAUCUUAUAUAAUCAUGUACCAUAAGUUGUGAAAUUAUUGGGAAAGAAAUAAUUCAAAGAAUUAGUUAAAUGUGAAUUGAUUUGUAAAUGUUAUUAUAGCAUUAAAUAAUAUUUGAUGGAUUAUAGCUUCCUGGUUGGAUAGUUUAGAAAUUGUAUUUAAUUUUUUAUAACCUUGA